AUGGCCCAUCUGGUGUGUUAUGACUCUGUUUUUAGGUUUGGCGACACUAUCUACCGGCAGAAAAAGGGUGUACCGAUGGGUAGCCCACUCUCGGGCAACCUCUGUGAAAUGGUCGUCAGACAGCUCGAAGGUAAGGCCCUCCCACCUUUCCUUCCUAGCAUCCUGAUUUAUAAAAGAUACAUGGACGACAUUCUUAUCGUAUGGGGAGAGGUCCCUGACAUGACAUCUUUCGUCAGAACCGUCAACUACAACCCUUUAGGCCUAACCGUUGAACUGGAGCAAGCUAGUACAGAAGAAGUCCAUUUUCUCGACAUUGAAAUAAAAAUAGUAGGACCCACCAUCCACACGGCCAUAUAUCACAAGCCCUCAUCCAUCCCCAUGUACAUACCAGCCAAUUCUCGUGACCCGUUCCCGUACAAGGCCGCCGCCUUUAGGGCGCUGGUGGAGAGAGCGUUCUCACACUCAUCCACCGACCAAGCCCUAACAAACGAAUUAGCCCGCAUCAAAAGAAUAGCAACUGAGCACGGGUUCCCGAACAUGACACACCGCUUAGUUGAAUGA